GUCAUGUGGCGCCAUCAUCACACUUCUCCUUCUGCGCCUCCAACUUCCGAGAGGCGGAUAGUUUCAAAUCGCACCGACAAACAGCAGACAGACGCACAGAUACACAGACAGACUGACUGAUAGACAGACUGACCUCCCUUUGGUGGCGGCUCAGGGACAAAAUGUGGCAUCGAGAGGAGCUUUUGAAAUCCGUCUGGCAUGCAUUCACAGCCCUGGACCUGGAUCAUCGUGGAAAAGUUUCCAAUCCCAGUUAAAGGUGCUGUCUCACAACCUGUGCACGGUGAUGAAGAUCCCUCACGAUCCUGUGGCACUUGAAGAGCAUUUCAAAGACGAUGAUAAAGGGCCUCUGUCCAACCAGGGCUACAUGCCUUAUCUCAACAGGUUUAUUCUUGACAAGGUACAGGAGGAUUUUGAUGUACUGGAGUUCUACAGGAUGUGCUGGACGCUGUGUUUCAAGAAAAACAUACACUCUCAACACCUCCUCAUCUCAGAUCGAGAUGCUUUCAAAGUCUGGUGCAUUUUUAACUUUCUGUCAGAGGACAAAUACCCACUAGUCAUCGUCAUUGAAGAGAUUGAGUACUUUCUGCGGAAGAUGACGGAGGCGAUGGGGAGUGGAUGGAGUGAGGAGAGGUUUGCACACUACAAGCUGCAGCUGAACACGAAGAGCUGCCUGACUGCCUGGGAGCUGAUUGAACUGGUGGGGUUGGGUCACUUCAGCAAGGGCUUGGACCGCCAGACCCUGUCCAUGGGCAUCACCGAGGUCUUCACUGAGCUCAUACUGGAUGUGCUCAAGCAGGGCUACAUGAUGAAAAAGGGCCACAUAAGGAAGAACUGGACUGAACGCUGGUUUGUCCUUCGACCCACCUCGUUGUCAUACUAUGUCAGUGAGGAUGCUGAGGAGAAGAGGGGAGACAUAAUACUGGACCAAAGCUGCUGUGUGGAGUCUCUGCCAGAUAAAGACGGAAAGAAAUGUCUUUUUAUCAUCAAGUGCACUGACAAAAGCUUCGAGAUUAGUGCUUCCGAUAAAAAGAAGAAGCAGGAAUGGAUUCAAGCUAUUCAGUCGUGCAUCCUGCAGCUGAGGUUGGGGCUGUCGUCUCCUCACCGUGAGGCCCGGCUGAGGCGGCGGGGGCUCCGGCAGAGGCAGCAGAUGGAGGAGGAGGACCUGGCAGAGAGGAUGAAGCGGCUCCAGGCAGCCAGUGACACCAAGCAGAGAGAGCUGGAGGCCAUGAAGAUGAAAAUGGAAGAGGCUGCGGCUAAAGCGACGCUGGAGGAGCUCAGGAGGAAGAAGACUCAGUUAGACCUGCAGGAUCGCUACAGACUGGACCUGGAGAGAGAGAAAAUGGUGCGUCAGCAGAUGGAGGAGCAGAUGGCUCAGAAGUCCAAUGAGCUGGAGCAGUACCUGCAGCGCGUCCGACAGCUGGAGGACAUGUACCACCGGCUGGAGGAGGCCUUGGAGGAUGAGAAGCAGGCCAAGCAGGAUGAGGAGGCCAUGCGAAAGCUGCAGGCCAGGCUGCUAGAGGAGGAGGCAGCCAAGAGGGCCGAGCUGGAGCAGAUCCAGCUGCAGCAGCAGAGGGCGCUGUGUCAGACCGAGGCGGAGAAGCAGGAGCUGAUGGCCGAGCAGCUGGCCAAGGAGAGAGACCUGCAGGCCGCCACGCUGCAGCUGGAGCGGCUGGAGAAGGAAAGACAGGGAGCGCUGGAGCAGUACGAGGAGGUGUCGAGGAAGCUCAAACGAGCUGCUACCAAGACUAAGACCUGGAAAGACAAAGUGGCAAAACAUGAAGGGUUGGUGCGUCUCAUCCAGCCAGGUGAUAAAGGAAUUCAGCGCAUGACUAACUGGGGUCCAGCAGCGUUUACUGGUACUGAGUUGGAGCAGAGGAAGAAAUUAUGGCAGGACAGUAAGAACCAGGGAGCUCAGGCUCAGUGAACAUUUUAGAUGAACGACUGACUGAUCGGAAAAACUCUGGCUGUGUCCGAAAUCACUCCAUGUUCAAUACUAUCUAUCUAUCUAUCUAUCUAUCUAUCUAUCUAUCUAUCUAUCUAUCUAUCUAUCUAUCUAUCUAUCUAUCUAUCUAUCUAUCUAUCUAUCUAUCUAUCUAUCUAUCUAUCUAUCUAUUUUGUUUUUUUAAUUUAUAUAUUUUUAGAUUUUUUUGGUUUUAUUUUUUUUGCUCAUUUUCUUCUAUAUUUGGGUUUAUAUAUUAUCAUGAUUAUUGUUAUUAAUAUAUGUGUAUAUUUUAGUUUUAUUUUUUAAUAAUUAUUUUCUAUUCUGGGUUUACAUAUAGAAGUUUUUUGUUUAUUUUUUUGUUCAUUUUUUGCCUGUAUUUGGGUCUUACAGGGUUAAUAGACACUUCAGUAGUAAGUGAGUUGAAAAGUCAGAUAAUUAUCAUCAUUUUGAAUUCAGACUGAAAACAAAAUGCAGAAAAAAAAAGUUAAACGAUAUGUGUGAAUAUUCAGUGAUUUCAGACGCAGCCUGUUUUUAAGAUGUGAUAACAUAAACCUACUGAGCCACGUGAUAGCUGAAAAAACUGCUUUACUUACAGAAUUUCAGAUACUUUGAAAUGCACAGAGCAGAUUUAUUGCAUUUCAUCAGUUUCUUCUGUAAAAAUACCAUCACACUCAGGAGGGAGAAGUUCAUUCUUGACCUUGGAAGACGUCUGGUGAAAUACUUUUAAAUGUCCCAUAUGGUGAAAAUAUAACUUUAUUGUGUUUAGUAUGUCUUAAAAAAAAAAAAAACGUGGACGUGUAAAAUACCACUGCCAUUACUCUGCUUCAGUACAACCUAAACAGCCUUUACAUCAGUUUGCUUUCCUCCUGCUCUCUGUGCUCACAUAAACUGCAUUUUAAUACACCCAAGUCCCCAAUAAAUCUGCUCUCAUUUGUGUAUAUAUUUUCUGUUUCUGUUGUCAGACAACAGAACAAGUACGAAAUAGUGACUGACACACAGCAUGUUAGGUGGAGGUCAUUUCGGAGCCAUUUCCUAGCCUCUACUCUCCACAGAUAAACCUCUGAUUUUAUUGCAGUAACACUGUCUGAAAAACUCACCGCACACAUGAGGUAAAAACAACGACUGAGCAGUGAAUUUGGGGAUAUUUUUUGUGUAAAAUAAAUAAGAACAUCCUCUUCUCACACGUCAUUCUCGUCUAUGGUUGGUCAACUGUUUUCCUCCAUGCUGUUGGUCACAGACACAGAGAGAGUCUUCUUCCUGAAGGUCAGAAGCAGACAGGUUGUAUUUAAAGCUACAGACACAUUUAGAACAAGAGUAAAAACAGCGAUCACGGUGAGAGGAAUAAUUUUUGCAGUAUUGUGAGCUGAGGCUUGUUGAAAAUGGCCUCAAUAUGCAACCUUUAAGUCAGAGUCUACUUACUAGCUUUCUUUCUGCCAUGUCUCGUUUUAUUCAGCAGAUGUAGUUUAUCCAGGUGUCAUGGAGCUCGUGAUGAUAGAUGAUCAGCCAUCUCUGUGACAAAUGAGCAAACUUCAUCCACUGAAGACGUAAAUGAGAAUGCGACUGAAGUUUAGUCAAAACCACUGAAAUAAAGGAGAUUAAGUGAACCCAUAUUCUCAGUCUAUUCAGCUCCUUUUGUAAUUUUAGUCCUUCAUUUUUCAUUUCAUGCACUGUUUAAUGUAACUACUUUGCAGUUUUUCCAUGUUUUGUUUUGACAACCUUUACUGCUACAUAAACGGAGGAAAAAGUUUAAGAUAUUACUUGUCGACAAUUUUGUACACAGCCUCAAUUUAUUAGCUGGAGAUGACUGAACUGCAUUUGUUAAUCAACAUGAUGCAAAUUAAAACAAUUUAUUUUUCAUGAAA